AUGAAGAAUACUUGUUGUGUUCCGCAUUGCGAAAGCAAGCGUCGUAAUUUUAAAUUACAUUGUUUUCCAAAGACUGAGAUAGGACUCAAGUGGGUGGAAAAAAUUAAUUGUGAAAAAUUAAAGCAGCUCAGUGCAGAAGAACUACAUAAGUUUUUUGUGUGUCACAAGCACUUCGAGGCGAGAUUUGUUACCGGCAGUUUGCGUCUUCGCCAUUUUGCUUAUCCCACCUUAUUUACGGCUGACGAAAUAAAUACUGGAAUACCUGCUCUGGAAAUGGAAAACUAUGAAAACCAAAAUGUUUUUUAUGAUCAUGAUUAUACACAAGCACGAAAAAGACACCAUGAAGAUCAUUCCUACUUCAAAACACAACCUUUGAAAUCACAAGCCAAUAUGCCAUCUACUAGUAAGGACUUUGAAAAAACUGCUUGUGACCAAAACAAUCAACAACCGAUAAUACCAGAUUUGCCGCAAUGUAGUAAUGUGGUGACAUCUAAAAAGUGCAUCCGGAAGAAUACUACAAGGAAUAAAAAAUUUUCACCAUCAUAUUUGAGAAUAUUGAAUGAGUUAAAAAAAGCUAAAAAACAGUUAAGUUUUGCUAAAAGAGCCAAAAGGGCUAUGAAGUUUUCUAAAAAGGAAAACUUUGAAAAAUUAACUUGUAACUUGAAACCCCUUGCGAAAAAAAUUAUAUGGAUGCAAAUAAUGCAAAGUGGAAAACAUUCAAGGGUGGAGAUUCUCUGA